GGAACACCCUGGCUGUGGAGCUCUGGCUUCAGACGGUGCUGAGGCGCACCGACAGGCGGACAAACCAACCGUGAUCCCCGGACCGACAUCCUAACCUGCCCCGCUUAUCUCCGCCGCCUCCAGGUUUCAUUUGUCGUAAGGCUUCUCUCUGGACCUCAGGAGCACAUACUAGAGCUUCACUGGGAUCUUUGCAAAUCACAAGUUGGAUCAUGCCAAGACCAAAUGAAGCAGUCGUUUGUUUGUAGGUCUUUAUCCUGCUGAAGAACAUGUAGAACCUCUUCACUACUUUGUCCACUGUCUGAUUUGCUGAACUGAUUCUGGCUAAAGGAACAAAUGGAUAAAGCUGUAGAAGAUCUAAAUUUGUCCUUUCUGCUGGAGCAUGAAAGGGAAACUAUCCUGAAGGUGCUGCAGAAAGAUGAGAAGCUGAGGAAACGUGAGGAAAAAAGGAUAAGAAAGUUAAAAAAUGACCUUCUGGAAAUAAAGCGAAAAGGUUCCCGUCGCCUGCAGGACUCUGAGGAGCGGCAAUGCGCUCGCUGCCUCAAGACAUUAGGCCUGAUCUUUGACCGUGGUGAUCUCUGUGAGGAAUGCCAGCUACGUGUUUGCAGUGAAUGUCGCACCACUACUGCCGGCUCACGCAGGUGGCGAUGCAACGUUUGUGCCAAGAUCUCGGAGCUGAAGGUGGUUACUGGAGAGUGGUUCCUAGAAGAACGGUCUAGACGCUUCGAGCAGAAAGCACUAAGCAGUGACGUAAUCAAGCAGUCCAUCCUAAGCACCCCACCCACUGCAGAAAAGAAGUCUACAGAGAACCUGUCAGUGUCCUCUGAGACAGAGAGACCCGACACGCCAAAAUCCAACAGAAAUGCCGUCCGCAACAUCAUGGAUGGUGCCAGGAAGAAGGGAUGUAGGGGUGUUGCAGUGGCUUUAGAGUCCUCUGGAUUGCCAACGCUCCCCAACAAUCUGCGUUCCCAAACUCCAGAUAAAUCACCCAACUCCACCAACAACAGGAGGGUCAGGCCUGACGGAGCAGAAAGCGUCGCCAGUGUUCGCUCCAGUGAGUGUCUGUCUGAAAAGGAGGGGACGGGACAUCAUCGCACCAACUCAGACACUCCGACCAUAUCUGUUUCCCGCGCUUCUGUGUCAUCGGAUCACAGCCGCUCAGAGAUGGACCUGUCAGCUCCAGGAUCAGAACACAGCGACGACGCCCUCAGCCUCAGAAGCCGCUCAGUCCCCGGGCUCAAUGAAGCGGAGUUCUCUGACGAUGAUGCAGAAGAAGACAUAGACGCCCUGAUGUCGGCACACAGUCUCAGUAGGGGCGGAGGCCUCAGCAACGCUGCAUCAAUGUCCUCCACUCCGGGCACAGAAAGGCGGUGGGGGUACCUUAAUGUCCCCGACUCGGAUGCAGAGACUAGCAGCUUAAACAGCAUGAUGAGCAUGUACAGUGAGACCGGUGACUACGGAAAUGCCAGGGUAAGUGGCGAGAUCCUCCUGAACAUCAGCUACAGCUACAAAACUGGUGCCCUGAAUGUCCUUGUGAAAAAGUGUUACAACUUGGCAACCGGAGAUGAGAGGAGGCAGCGCACAGACGCAUAUGUGAAAACUUACCUGCUUCCUGACACAUCACGCCAGAGCAAGAGGAAGACAAGCAUCAGACCCAACACCGUUAACCCUGUUUUCAAUGAGAACCUGAGAUACGUGAUCAGCCACUCGCAGCUGGAGACCCGAACCCUGCAGGUUUCUGUGUGGCACCAUGACCGGUUUGGAUACAACAGCUUCCUGGGAGAAGUGGAGCUGACCUUUGAUUCCUGGGAGUUUGACUCUCAGAUAGAGGAGUGGUACACUUUGCAGCCCAGGGUAGAUAGCUGCAACGACUCCGCGAUGCAGUACAAAGGAGAGUUGACUGUCGUGUUGAAGUAUAUACCUGCAGAAAAGAACCUCAUGCUUCCUCUGGACCAGGUUCAAGUGAAGAAAAGCUUCCUCAAAGGCAAGAAGACGAGCAGUUUUAUGCUGCCUAAAGGGGGCAUGGUUGAGCUGUUGGUCAAAGGGGCCAAAAAUCUGACUGCUGUCAAGUCUGGAGGCACAUCGGAUCCAUUUGUGAAAGGGUACCUCCUACCAGACAAUAACAAGUCUACCAAGCACAAAACAGCGGUGGAGCGACGCACCGUGAACCCACAGUGGAACCACACCUUCACCUACUGUGGCCUGCAGGAUGGAGACCUAGACAACAUCUGCCUUGAGCUGACUGUGUGGGACAAAGAGGCUUUGUCCAGCAACGUGUUCCUGGGAGGAGUCAGGCUGGGAGCUGGGUCAGGAAAAAGCUAUGGGAAAGAGGUGGAUUGGAUGGACUCCUAUGGGGAAGAAAAGGAGGUUUGGCAACGAAUGGUUGAAAACCCAGAGGUACCUCAAGAGUGUACUCUGAUGCUGCGGUCAAGCAUGCGCAAGUGCAACACAUGAACCUUAACUGAAGCACAACUGCAAAGGUGGAUUACAGGGAGGAAAGCGAAGGAAGUGGUUUGAAGUUAUGGGGAGUAAGCUGGAGAGGCAAAUCGGUCGAGAAGAAAAGCAAACAGUGACUUUAAUGAGACCAUCUCCCUCUGUACUUUCCUUCUUGCUCAGAUGUCCUCUCCUGCCCCCCACAGCCGGUCAUGCCUUACUGACUCACCAACACAUCCACCACUUUUCUCCCCAAGCAUCUGUCUUGACCAAACACUGCUACCGUUUACUGCUGUUCGUAUUUAACUUACUGUAACUUCUAGAUAAGCACAUGGUGAUCCCCGAUGUCUCUGUUCUCGUCUCAUCUGUGGGCCGUUUCUGCAUGUAGUAGCUGCUAAUUGAGGCGUUUAAAGUUGUACUAGAGGAGGCAUUGGUCAAUAAUGUAUGUGAACAUUCCCUUUUUUGGCAACCAAGCCAAGUUGCUUAUAAAUAUAGAUAUAGAUCAUUGCCAGAACUGCAUAAUGAGGGGAAAAGCAGCAAGGCCUUUUGAAAGAGGACACAUAAUAAAAGAUACCCAUGUAACAGUGGCAUCAAACCAUGAACCAGAGAGGGUGACUUUCCCUUUCCCUCUAUGACUUCCAUCCAUUUAUUUACCCUUAAUGCUAAUUAAGAAGUGCUCCAUGCUGUAAAUAAAGAUGUAAACACAGUCAAUUAGGAGGGAGUGGUGUAGGGCUUGGAACCCUGAGGUUCUGAGUUCGAGUCCCACUCCCACAGACUGCCACUCUGGGCACCGAGCCCACUCUGAUUACUCCCCGGAUGCCCCAUGAUGGCAGCUCACUGCUCCCCAAAGGGGAUGGGUUAAAUGCAGAGGUAAAUUUCUUCAAUGUGACAUCAAUAAAGUUAAAUUAUUGUUAUUGUUGUUGUUAAUUAAAAUUAUCUGCAGGCUGAAAUAACUGGACAUGAGCCUUUCCUUAAAUAGGUUUCUGUGCUUUAGCUGGCUGUUAUUUUGUCUCUUUUAUACGCUUUAUAAUUGAAUUAAUAGUGGUUUAGAAACCACCAUGUCUGUAAAUACAUUGAGGUUGGCUGCUUUUCCCCUCUGGUUUAAUGACAAUAUAUCAAAUGUGGCACAAACUCUUGUCUGAUUAGAACAUUUAGACCAGCUUCUUUGUAAAUUUACAUAACACUGUAUCAGUGUGUUCAUAUGAAUUGCAUAUCAAGGUAUAAACACAAAAAAGCUACAUAAAGCACUGAUGCUGCUAUCACUUUACACCUAGAGGAGAAAGUGUGAUCUGCAGUGUUCUCAGGAACCCUGAGCCGGGUCUGUGUGUUACAGAGUGAGUCAGCACCGACGUGAGCAGCCAUUAUCUCAGGGAGGGGGGGCCGAUAGUGAGCCACAGAUAGUCAGACGGUGACCUUGUCAUUGCUGCGAUCAUUUGUCCUGUGAUGACUGCUGAAUAUAAAACCUUUAUGAAAUUUGACAUCUCAUGUAAAAUGCCAGUUAUAUUCUCCGGGUCUCUGUAAAUCAUCUGCUCUAAACUCCCAGUUAGAGAUAUGAAGUAAUAAUACCCAUAAUUCAUGUGCUGACCAUUUCGCAUGACCAAAAAAGAUCAUGCAGUUUCUCAAUACAGAGGAAACCCUUUCUGUGCCGCAUGUACCCUUUCUGUUUUGUCUGGUUUUGACCAUUAAAACUCACUCCUCAACCUUAUUUUCUCUGAAAUGUGCUUCAAGAAUAUUUUGAAACAAAUGCAUCUUUCCAUAGACUAUAUAAUUGUUUUAUUGUUUAAUGAGAAUA